GGUAUAUCCAACGUAUGUCCCAACAUACGCACAAAAAAUAAUUUGAACCCUUCUCGGCGCAUUAUCUAUAGCGAUCCUGACACUACGCAAACCAGGUUUACAUUAAUGUCCGUCAAGGUAAACCAAAUUAAAGCAAGAUAUAAUAUUUUAGCUGGCUUAUUUGACUGGAUAACAUGCGCUGGCUUUAUUACACUACCUAAUACCUUCACUUCCCUUCAGAAUUUGAGUACCCUUGCCGCGAACCCAGGCGGCCGAGUUAUCCAAUAAACCAUUAAGAACCUUCCAUUGCUACCAUUAGCCGACAUAUUCUGCUUAUUAGGUCUGGCCGGAAUUUGCUUCCUAUGGAGGACGCAUCAAACGAACUAUAUAUGGCUUAUAAGUCACCUUUUUCUGUACAUAUCCCACACCUUAACACCUACCUAGGUACCUAAGGAAGUAAACAUUUAACUAAGUUUUAGUUUAUAUAAAUAUUAAUGAUUCCUAUAAGACCAGG